UGCUGGAGGCAAGGGCCUAUACAUACUGAUGCAGCUCUGGUCUCUCUGUUCAGGAUAUUAUUUUACAGGAUCCUGUCUUUCAUAACACGAAGUGUGGCUGUAGCAACCACUUCCCUCGCCACGUCCGCUCCCCAUCCCCAGAGGCCGCCUGCCACGAACUGAGCUGUCUGGACCUCAGUCCUAAUAUCUGGAGUCUGUAACAAGGAAAGAGGAAGCAAAAGAGGUGUUUGGCAGCCAACCCUGCAAAACAGAUGCCACAUGCAGAGAAAGAAUAGAAUGCCCGAGACGAGAGCUGAACCCAGGACCGUUGCGCCACCGAGCCGCCGCGGAGUCUGUAACAUGUAACACACCCAUAAUACCUGGAGUCUGUAACACAGUAAUAUACCCAGAAUGCCUGCAAACAGUGUAAACAUUCUCUCCACUUCCUGCUUCAAAGUGCAGUUACCUCCCUCGCAUCCUGGUAGUCUUUCUUGUGGUAAGAAAGUCCUUGGUACACAUCGUCUGUCAAAUUAAAAUAUUUUUACGAUCGCUGAGGUGUGGUGGCCCCUCUGUCAUAUUAUGAACUCUCACCUGUAGUGAGGUGUGGCGAGCCGUCAAGCACAUGAUUAUGACCCUGACCUGCUGUAGUUUAGUGGAGUCUCUCGCUGGAAUGUUUUUGUCUUCGUCGUCAGCCUUUUAUUUUGUUGUCAGUUUUGAAACACUUAGGUGUCGUAUUUCCGUCCUGAAUAAAACACUCAAGAAUCGUGUGUCAGGCCCAGUGGCAAUAAAAUGAUCUCAUGUCGAGGCGGACGUGUAGCAGGACACGUUAUCUCACCCAACUACCAGCUGAAAACAGUUUUCCCCGCACACACCUACACAGGUGAGGCUGAAAGGAGCGAUUACACAAUCUGCCGCAAGGGACUACAGCACUGACAGGACAGGAAGGUAGGACAAGACAGACUUACUUCUUACCCCAUAGCUUGCGAUCCUGCCACGGUGGUAAAAUGAAAGGAUUAAGAAAAUAGAACCGGUCUUUGGAAAACCCGGGGAGAGUGUGUUUGUCAAUUUGCUCAAACUACUCCAGGAUAUUCCUACAGUCCUGUUGGUGCGCGUGUAUUGUCAGGCAGGACGGCAAACCCACCGUCUUGCCCACAGUGAUAGUGCUUAUCUCACCUUGUACUGAUGGCCUCAGAUUCCACUUAGCGGUGAUUUGAGACUUGAAUCUUUUAAAGCCACCCCCCCCUUCCCCUUUAUCAGCUUCAGCCAAUAACUCCACAGGCGCACCGACAGCUGGGAGGACGGCGAUAACAGAUGACACUCUUCCUCCUUUCGUCCGCCUUGUAUUUGCGGGUGGCACGAGAGUACAGCCACCCAGUCUAGGAGCCAGACAGGAUGGCGGGUGCUGGCGUCUGCCGACUGAUCUUCAGUCUCAGUACUCUAGCCUUGACCUGGGGCUGGAGGUGUUCAGUGGAGCAGGACGUGUGUGACGUGUGGCUGACCAUCGAGCACCGCGCCACCAUGAUGGACACCUCCACCCUGGUCAUCAUCAAGGACGGACUGCUCUUCCCUUUCGACGCCGUCAACUUCACCAUCGACAAUUCUAUACCGAAGGAAAAAGUGAUUACAGCGGACGGGUACCAGGAGCCCCGGCUGGUGAUCGCGGUCAAUGGCAGUUUCCCCGCCCCGACCCUGGAGGUCUACGAGCACCAGACCGUGCGUGUGCACGUGCGCAACAACAUGGCGUCCGAGACCACGAGCCUGCACUUUCACGGCAUGUUCCAGAGGGACACACCCUGGAUGGACGGCGUCGGCAUGGUAACGCAGUGCCCGAUACUGCCCGGCCAGAGCUUCACAUAUCAGUUUACCGCCGAGCCGGCGGGCACCAACUGGUAUCACUCACACAUGGGGGGACAGAUGACGAUGGGACUGGCCGGCCCCUUCAUCGUGCACCCGAGGCCAGCAAGCGGUCGCUCGUAUGACGGCGACGUGGUGCUGAUGGUGCAGGACUGGAACCACGAGUGGGAGGCAGCCAUGACCUUCCUCAAGAUGCAGUACGGGAUGUACGUUGGGGGACGGAAGGUGUCGGCCUCCAGAAACCUGUCGGGGGCCAAGUACAGCAACUUCUACUUUCAGUCCGGCCUCAUCAACGGCCGCGGGAGGUUCCACGACGCCAGCAACAACACGCACAACGGCGCCCCCCUCGAGAUUUUUAAUGUCAGCCCUGGAGGUCGCUACAGGUUCCGUGUCAUCCACUCGGGCUCCGUGUACCCGUUCAAGAUUUCUGUUGACGGUCACCAGCUGACGGUGGUGGCGUCAGAUAGCCACGACAUUGAGCACGUGCUGGCUGACGCCGUCAUCGUGACCCCGGGCGAGAGAUACGACUUCGAGGUCAACGCCACACGUGACGUCGACAACUACUGGAUCCGAGCGGAGAGUCUUGAGGUGGGGGUGCGGCACGUGGCGGAGGCCAUCCUGCACUAUGAGGGCUCGGCGACAGGACAGGAUCCUACCUCCAGCCCACGCCCCUGCUCGGUCCUUUCCCCUUGUGUGGUGGUCAACUGUCCCUUUAAGCUGUACCCCCCUGAGGACCACAUCCACUGCAUCACCGUGGACCAGCUGCGCGGGGCGGAGCCUAUGCCGCCCGAGGUCGGGGAGGGAGCCACUCAGGUCAAAGACUACUUUCUGAACUUUGCGUUUCCGGGCAACACACAGACUCCCGCCUCUGUGAACGGCGUUCAGUUCCUGCUGCCCACUGUGUCCGCGCUGACGCAGCCGACAGACUUCACGUCCCGCUGUCCAGGAGAAGGGUACAGAUGCCAGGAGGAUCGGAUCUGUCAGUGUUCCAGCGUCCUUGACCUCGAGCAUGGUGAGGUCGUUCAAAUGGUUCUCUUAAACCUGGGGAAGGGCAAGGGGUGGGACCACCCGGUCCACAUGCACGGUCAUUCAUUCUGGGUGGUGAAGGUCGGCUUUUCUACCUACAAUGACUCCGGCUUUCUUCUCUCUGACAACCAGGACAUCGACUGCAGGGGCAGCCACAAAGGUUUGUCCCAUGCUUUCCUCACCAGGGGCGAGUCGUUUUGCAACAACGCCACGUGGGCUGAUCCUAACUGGUCCUCGGACAAAGGUGGGGUACCCGGACUACUCUUGUCACGACCCGUUCGCAAGGACACAGUCAACGUACCCACGGGUGGCUAUGUCGUCAUCCGUAUCAAGGCUGACAACCCGGGCUUGUGGGCCAUGCACUGUCACGUGCUGCUGCACCUAGGAGACGGCAUGAUGCUCAUGCUCAACGAGUCCUUCUCUCGCCACCCGCCCCCGCCACCCGGCUUCCACACCUGCGGCGACUUUAACAGGAACAGUACAGGUGAUAUACAAGUACGCCAACUUCAACUGGCUGGACCGCGAUAGAGGAGCAUGGGAAACAUGGCAACCACGAUGGUCCUUUCAUUUGUUUGCUGUCAUUCAGAGUAAACCACACUUGGUGUGAUGUGAAGUUGA